UUCGACCCGCCCUCAUAGCUAAUCGUCCUUUUCCGUCUUCUGCGCUGGUCGCAUUGCGACUUCCACCGACUUUCGAACGCCGCUUAUUAGCGAGGACCAUAUACACGAGAAUCUUCAUCCAUCUUAACGCGAGCUCGUCGGAUUGUUGGUGACUCCACGUCGUCAGGAUGGACCACCAUCGCAAAAAGUCCCUGCUCGGCAACGACCUCGUAUUCCAGCCAGAGAGUCAGCAGCCAUAUGCUCAGCAGCCGUACGACCCAACGGCACACGACAACCACACGUCCUUUGGCCAGGCCGCCUACCCGCAGUCGCCAUUCCAAACAUCACCCUAUGCUGAGAACCACAAAUUCGAGAGCCCAAUGUACGAACAACCCCAGGGCUACGUGCAGAGGCAACCGGCGCCCCCUACACCGGAGCCAGCGCCUGCGCCCAAGCCCCGAAAGAACUGGUUCGGAUUCAUGAGCAGCAAGUGGGCAGCCAUGUUCAUGGCCAUCACCGCCAUCCAGGCCGUCAUCUGCCUGUGCUGCGAAGCCUACGUCUUUGCCACCACUCAGUCUAGCCUGCGUCCUCUCCAAGACAGGAAUCCUGACCCUACCGCCAAGAACCCCGAAGAACUCAGCUCGCAGUACAAGACAAUCCCCACCUUCUUGACUCUUUUCAUCUUCGGCUUCUUGUACGAACUCAUCAUCGUCUGGGAUGCGCUUCGCAAGAAGAACACGAUUCAGAUCAUUGGCGUCUGCUUCGCCAAUCUCGCCCUUGUGGUUUACACAGCCAUCCAGGUCGACCAACUCGACAUUUCCCUCGAUGUCCUUGUCAAGUACAAUUCGCUUGAGGCGGAUCGCUCCAAGCCGGACAUCUGGGGCGACAUCAAGGGCUAUCUGAUUGCGAUCCCUUCUAUCAUUGCCGUGGUCACUUGCAUCAUGGUGUUCCUGACAUGGAAGCUCUACCAGGAGUUUGCAUGGGAUAUCCUGAAGAGCAUCGGCGCCGACUACAGGAUGAAGAAGCGCUUUGCGUCGUACCAGAUUUAUAUUGCCCUGCUCAAGUUCGAUUUCUUCUUCUUCCUCGGAUUCAUCAUCCAACUCGUCGUCAUUGUCACCCGAACGGACGAUCCCGAGUUUGGUCUCACCAUCGCCACCAUCCCCAUCACCAUCAUCAUCCUCCUCGCCGCCGCCUACUUCACCCGCAUCGAGAACAAGCCCGGCAUGGUCGUCACCAUCGUCCUCUACUUUGGCGCCCUGGCCUACUUCCUCUUCAAGCUCAUCCGCAUCUGGACGUGGGUCGACUACUACCUGGCCGUCCAAAAGUCUCUCACCGCCUUCUCCGUCAUCACCAUUCUUCUCAUCCUGCUCACCAUCGCCAACGCCAUUGUCUGCAUGCGCAACUUUGACAAGGGCCUCAAGACGCACAUUCUCGGCGCCAAGAACCGUGAAGAGGACCCAGAGCUCAACUCGGUGAAUCUGAACGACGUCAAGCCUCAGCCUAGCCGCAUGACGAUCGACUAGAUCAGACCGCCGUGCGAGGAAGCACAUGCAGCACACGUACCAUGACAUUCGACUGGGUCGAGUGGGGGAUACGGUUCGCUACGAAUUUACGACAAUCAUUUAACGGCAGGGCCGAACAUAGAAUAUGGGGAGGAUGUAUGAACAAGUGAUACCAACUAUAUUCUCCGUUAGAUCGGUCCCUGCUCCUCUAGGACUUGCAUCUGGACAUUCUUUUCGAUCGACUGAGGACAUUCUAUUUGGGUCACUGUAUACCUGGCGUUGUGGGAGCGCCUUCCCGUUCCUGGGAUGCUCGCAUGCCUCUCAUUCUCAGGAUUUGAUUUUGUUUUGUUCUAAGUUUAUGA